AUGAAGCCACUUAAAGGACGGCAUUGGAUCUAUACGGAGUUUGCGCUGGAACCCACGACAAUUACCCAAAGCGUGUAUCAAUAUGCGCAGCCGGAGAAGUGUCCGUCGACGGGGAGGAUCCACUACCAGGGAUUCCUCUCCUUCGCAUCUCCCCGGUAUGCGCAUGGCGUCUUAAACCUCUUCGCCACCCGCCCGCAUCUGGAGAUGUGUCGAGAUGCUCGGCGUGCACUCGCUUACUGUCGAAAAGCAGAAAGUCGGUGUGGCCCUCCAUUGGAGCGCGGCCAUUGUCCGCUCGAGACGGUCGAAAACGAUCCAGCGUGGUGGUUGGAAUUGUCCGACGGCCAGUUGUGGCAAAACUAUCCGCAGUGGGCCAGCAAACACGCGGCCGGUCUACGAAGCUAUCGGUGUCUCGAAAAGGGACCCACUAAGCCCCGACCUCCUCCCAAGGUGUAUGUGUUGUGGGGCGCGAGUGGAACUGGGAAAACGGCUGCGAUACUCCAGAAGACCACCGACUUCUACACGAAGGGUAACCCAUAUUGGGACGGCUACAGUGGUCAGCGAAUAGUUGUAUUCGAUGGUGUCGCUGCCGACAACGUUCCCCCCUUCACUCACUUGAUGCGAUGGCUGAGCUGUGCUCCGUUGAUGGUCCCCAUAAAGGGAGGACAAACAUGCCUGAGAGCGUCGACGUUUAUGUUCUGCUCUCACUCGCACUACUCGGAGUGGUGGGAACUCGGAGAUUUGAGCCCGAUGGAGCAACGAAUCACACGGAUUUUUCACUUCACGCGCCCCGUCAAUGAGCCAGAUGAGGCUCGAGAGACAUUUGCCUCGGAAAUUCAUCUCUAG